GUGGCAAAUUGGCAUCUUUGAAACUGACGAAAUGGCGAUGCUGUCCGCUAAUUUACUGAGGAAAAUUCCUCGAUUUCAUCUAAGAGGAGUUUCUUUUACACCUGAAAAGGCAUGCAUAGCAAGGAACAUCAAGUCCAGUAUAGCCUUCUCUGAGGGGUGCCAAUGGAGGGCAUACAGCCAGCUUGCAAAGCACCAGCAAACUCUAAGGAUACGACCAGUGCUAGGCGCCUUCCAGUCUCAACCAAUCUGGGAGCUAAAUGGUUGUAAAGGACUCCAAACUUCACAUUAUCAUUAUGAUGAGGUUAGGAUCGUAGAAACACCUCCUUUCGCAGAGUCCGUGUCAGAGGGUGAUGUGAGGUGGGAUAAAGGUGUUGGAGAUUUUGUAGAGGAAGAUGAAGUUGUGGGAGAGAUAGAAACAGACAAGACUUCUAUCCCAGUACCAGCACCAUGUAGAGGAGUCAUCCUUGAGUUCUUGAUUCCAGAUGGAGAGAAGGUUGUACCGGGUCAACAACUUCUCAAGAUACAAGUCUCAGCCGGAGAUGCCCCCAAGAAAGCUGCUCCAGAUGCUGCCGCAGCCCCUCCUCCUACCCCUCCACCACCUGCAGCUGCCCCAGCAGCACCCCCUGCUGGAGCCUCAGCUGGACCUAUACCCUCAACACCGCCACCGGCGCCCUCUAUACCUACAGGGCCUAUGACGUCAAAACCAGCAUCAUCAGUCCCCAUUCAACCAGCAGCAGCAGCCCAGCAAGCCAUGUCAGCUGAGAUGCCUGCUGGAUAUGGAGUAAGAUCGGAACAGAGGGUUAAAAUGUCCAGAAUGAGACAGAGGAUAGCACAGAGACUCAAGGAGGCACAGAACACAACUGCAAUGCUUACUACUUUCAAUGAGAUAGAUAUGAGCAACAUCAUAGCAGUGAGGAAUAAACACAAAGAUGCUUUCAUUAAGAAGCAUGGGGUCAAGUUGGGCUUCAUGUCAGCCUUCGUCAAGGCAUCGUCCUACGCACUCAAGGAAAUGCCAGUCGUCAAUGCAGUUAUCGAUGAGAAUGAAAUAGUGUAUCGGGAUUACGUGGACAUCAGCGUUGCCGUGGCUACUCCAAAGGGCCUAGUUGUUCCAGUCCUUCGGAAUUCAGAUGGCAUGAGCUUUGCUGAUGUUGAAAAGGGACUCAAUGAGCUUGGUGAAAAGGCUCGAUCAGGAACCCUAGCAGUGGAGGACAUGGACGGAGGCACAUUCACUAUCAGCAAUGGGGGUGUCUUUGGUUCUAUGUUUGGUACCCCUAUCAUCAACCCCCCUCAAUCGGCUAUCCUUGGCAUGCAUGCCUCCUUCGACAGACCGGUCGCUAUUAAUGGAAAGGUUGAGAUUAGGCCUAUGAUGUACAUCGCCUUGACAUAUGACCACAGACUGAUUGACGGCAGGGAAGCGGUCUUGUUCCUUCGCAAGAUCAAGGCCGGGGUAGAAGACCCUAGCAUCUACCUACUAGAAAUGUGAUGUAGACAAAAUUAUAGAACUAGGUAUAUUUAAGAAGAUCUGGUGACGAAGUCGGGAAGAAGCAUAUACAGCUGGACACAUGAUUGUAAUAUUCUGCAAUGAGAUAAUUGAAGUGGAAGAUUGAUUUGAUGUAAGAUCCAGUUGUUUUUUGGAGUCAGAUUUGGAUGCAAUCGUAUGGAAUCUACUAUUUGUUGACAUUUUCGUUGUUGAUGAGUUUGUCUUUUGUUCCUACUUUAAUAGUGCACAUCUCCUAUGGUUUUGAUGAAUCAAUAUUUAUUUAGAUUUCAGUAAUUUCAUUGGGAAUUUCUUUAAUAAUAAUUUACACAAAAUUGCCAAUUUUUAUUUAAUUGGAAUGCAACUUAUGUGUGAUAUUCAUACAUCCUUACCAAUACUUUUGUUACCAUUAUAUUGCAUCAAAGUAAUCCAUUACCCAAUGACAUUUACAAAUAGGUCACAAUUAUUAUUUGGUUUCUUGUUUCAAACUUUGACAAUAUUUUUGGAUGAAAUGUAUAUAUUAUAUGACCUUUACGAAAAUUGUCUGAAUCAGAUUCAUGAUUGAGGCGGACAAUCAAAUUUGUGGGCUGGCUUGUUAGAUGCAUGGGAUCCUCAAGUUUAUGCAUAUGAUACAAAUGAUAUUUACUUAUUAGAAAACACAUGAUAUACAUCAACAUGUUCAAUUGAUGGCAGAUAAACAGAUAGGAAUACAUUUUAAAUGAUCAGACAAAUUUCAGAAGUAUCGUAUAAUAGUAAUUCAAUCUCUUUCUUUUCUCUUCAUUUAAAGACCAUUUAUAUGCACUGCCUUUGAUAUGAAAAGUUAUUUAUAGUAGACAUAAAGGGUUGUUACUGAGGGUUUUUUAGUUCAUGAAUGACUUUCUGGUAAGAUGAGCAUAAAUUCUCUCUCGUUGGUAACGUUUUCGUUUAAUAAAGGUGGCAAAAAAACUACUGUGAGAAACAUGAUAUUGCUUGUUGCAUCGAAGACCAAUUAUUACGAUCCAAAUUGGUUUACAUUUACAUUGUACAUCCAUGGAAAUGUUAGAAAAGGAUAACUCACUACCUUUCUUAUGUUUGUACCCAUUCUUAUGAAUACAUGAAUAGGCUGUUUAUUUGUUUUAUUAAGCAGUUUUCAAACAGUUAAACAAUGCUGCAACAGCUCCUACCAAACAAAAGAUGUUUAGAGCCAUGUGUUGUUUGUCUGGUUGAUGUUCUGAAAUUUUGUUAUAGUCUAUAUAGUUGCUAUAAACAAAGCUUCAUCAUACACUUUUAACCAGGUCUGAAGGGCUAGCCAGACUUCACUUGUUACAAGAGCGAUAAAAAUAACAAGAAUUCUUUUUUCUUCAAAAGGUACACACUACAGCUUCCCUAUUAUUAAACCAUGGCCUACGAUAACCGGGUUGUUCCUGUUUAUAAUAAAUCUAUUGGAAUUAGAGAUUUCAGCAGUCGUCAGGUUAACAUCCACAAGCAUAGUUGCAUGUACACACCACAUAAUAGGGUGUACUGUUAAUAGACUGGUUGACUAAUAUAUUCAAAUUUAUGGUUUAUUUCCUGGGGACCUAGUAUACCAUUAACCUGUUAUUAAUGAAUGAACUACAAUACCUGGAAUCCAGUCUGCAUAUAUUAAGUGUUGCUACAUCAGGUAAGCCUCAUGCAAGCUUUCUGGUUGUCAAGAAUAAACUAUGUUUAAAAAGUACACCUAAAAUUUGAAUAUGUUAGUAAAGCAGUCUAUCGUUGGAAAUGUUGUUAUUGUUAUCGUAGAGUUCUGACAAUCCCUUAACUUGAAAAGGUUAACUAUAAUCCCGCUAAUAUGAGCUACACCCACUAAUAAGGAUCAUAUUCAUUGUCCAUUAAACAAUGGAUAAUGAAUGAAUAUGAAGCCUUAUAAAGGCUCAUUAGCAGUAUCAUUCUGAAAGGACCAAUACAUCAUAUCCUGGCCAAAUCAACUGUAGGAAACUGAUUCAUUGAUAAUUGGAUUUAUGCACGUAGGGGAAACUAAAAAUGUUUAAUGAUCAGCUAAUGAUUUUUUUUUCUCUCUCUGAUUUGACAUUUGCCAAAUGUUGUUGCAGAGUAUGGGACAUCAAUUAGCUUGCUCUCUAGCAACCAAACAAAUUCCUGAUAUACAAUAUGCUCUGCUACGGUAUCAUCUCACUGCAUUUACAAUUGUUAAAGUUAAUCUUGAGUUCUUGUGACAAAAACAAAUAUUGCAUCUUUGAGAGAAACUCAGUGACGGUUGAAGCUUUCAGGUUGUCAAAAACAUACACCUUUGUUUACAAAGUGUGCAUAAAAUUUCAACAGAUAUCAUUUCAUUGUAGUCAUUCCAAAAUUUUGUGUAGGUCGAUUCUGGGAGAUUUAUCUUUCUUCACCAUUAUUACCAGAACUCGAUAUUCUGUGUAAUAUAAGAUAUGAUUCAAAAGGAGUCCACAGGGUAAUUUGUGCACAGCAAGAGUUAACAAAGAAAAUGGAUACUUAUUGAAAUAUUUCUGUUGGAUAAUUGAUUUCUUGCAAACAAAUUACCAGUUUUACAUAUUGAUAUCAUAUCAAACAUGUAGGAUAAAAUGUUCAAAAAAAUUAUUUGAUUUUAGGAAUAAUUCUCUUUUAAUACCUUAGAUCUCAAAGAGUAAUUGAAGUUCAGGUUUGGGAAGGAAUGCAUUUUUUUGUUGAGCAUAUCCUUUGCCUGUUAAUACGAUACAUAUUGUAUAUGUCAAUCUGUUUAACUAUCAUUCAAAUUGUUUCUGUCAUAUGUGUUUGCCUAUGCAACCCAAUAAUGUGUAUUCAGAAAUGUCUUUACGUCUGUACUGCAAAAGAAAGAUGGAUACCCAUGUAUAAUACCAGCUGUCUGUGCUGUCUACAGUGAUUAAAAAAAUGCCUACGUGUAUAGUGAAGGAAAAGGGGAGAACUCUAUCUUCCACAUGGGUGCUAGUGUAUUUUCUGUUUUUGAUUAGCCAAGCCAAGCCAUCCAGUCUUUUCAUGUAGCAUUUGCAUCAACUUCCAUUUGAUUUCCCAUUGAUAGGAUUUUGAUUGUUACAAUCAAAUCAUACAGGAAGUGUUAUGAAUAUGAGUAUGUGUUUGUAGAUGAUCUGAAAGAAAGAAAAUGUGUAAUAAUUAUUGUAAUGGAUCUUACUGAUUCUAUGAAGUUAUAAUGAAAUGAUGAACUGUCCUUGCUUGCUUCCUUCAUGGAGCUUUAUUAGGACCUUGAUGUGUUAAAUGUAUGAAGCUGCUGCUUCAAAACCAGAACAACUAUAUCAAUUAAAAGUUUCAAAAAGUUUUAAUAUUUGA